ACGCGGUCAUAUUAUUUUAUUAGAAAUUCUCAGAAAGUAAUGAGUUCAUAUAUUGAUCCCGACUAUUCUAUAGGUCGCAACCUGCGACAGAGACAAAGGAGAAUAGGCGUUUAUAACGCAAAUGAAGGAAUAGAUUCAGACAAAAAUAAAAGAAAAGGGAAGAAGAAAGGGCAAUGCUUCGGAAAAAAUAGCGCGUAUGAUGAAUACGGAAAUAUCCGCAUCAACGGUCUAGAUAUUUGCGACUGCUUAAAUAAAGAAUGUGAAGGUUGUUGGUAUGAGUGCCGUAGUUGUGGCUCUACCAGAUGUGGUCCUCAAUGCCGCUCAAAUCGAAAGUUCUUCUACGAGGGCAUUACCUAUGAUGGAAAAGACUUAUCUAUGCAUAAUAAAUAUAUUCCAAAAUAAAGUAAUGAAUUAUUCUAUAGGCUUAAGCUACACAAUUGAAUGAAUCGAACAAAACAACCAACUUGUAUAACUCUGUUAUAUUUAUGUAUGUAUAUCCGGUUAUAUCUAAUUAAAUAAGAAAACUUCAAUUUUUUAUAGGUUCUGCCUGACCGUUCGUAUGAGCGCCGAGAUCUCGGGAACUAUAAAAGCUAGAAAGAUGGGUUUUGGCAAACAAAGUGUUUAAUCUCGGAAACAGCCGAAAUGCUGCAUAUCUCCUUCUCCCUUCCACUUCCUUUAGUUGAGUAACGGCUGGGUAUGUUGACGUCGCCUACUCCGCUGGAAGUCAUCUAUUGAGGACAGGAGAAGAGCUUUCUGUCACUAUUACAAAGCUAAAUGAAGGGUCCAAUCUCAGAGUAAUCGGCCAUGUAUUACUAAGUCAUCCAAACAUUUUAUAAUGGACCCGAAAUAUAUUUAAAAUAAAUAAUUUAAACGAA